AUGGGUUCCGACUCAAACUCCAUUCAAUCCCAAACUGGAACCAUUGGAACAUACGCCAAAAGGUUGGCUCAGCAGUCACAGACCUAUCCAGAUAUGUCUAUUUUCAUCAACGACCACGUCGAGGGCAAGGCCUACACGACUUACGACGCUCUCUCGGGCAAAGUAGACAUCACUGCCCCCAACAGCUCCCGAUUUGACGAGAUCCAAAUUUCCUUGGAAGGAGUCGUGAAGACCUAUGCCAUCUCCCUAGCGCCAACCACCGCCGCCGCCGCCAAGUCGAAUGCCGUCCACAGAUUCCUCAGAAUGGCCAUGCCAAUCGCCGAGUCAGACUAUCCCCAGCCACGAAUUGCAGAGGCAGGCCGCACCUACACAUUCCCAUUCAACUUCGUCGUUCCCGAUCAGCUGCUUCCCCGCUCCUGCUCCCAUGACUGCCCUGCGGAUCACGUCCGGGAGGCCCAUCUACAGCUUCCCCCAAGCAUGGGUGACCGGGAGGUCUCGCAACGGGAUGAUUUGGCGCCGGAGAUGACCAAGGUUCAAUAUGCCAUCAGAGUGAAGGUCGUCAGAACGAGCGCGACCGAUGGCAAGCAAGUAGUCUUGACCGAGGGUCUAAAGAUGCUCAAUAUCAUACCGGCUGUAGCUGCAGCCCCGCCACUGAACGUCACAAAAGAUGAUGAAUACGUCCUAUCAAAGACCAAGACAUUGAAAAAGGGUCUGUUCUCCGGCAAGCUUGGAAAAAUCACCGCGUCCGCCGCCCAGCCCAAUGCGAUUAUCUUGCCUGCGCCUAAUUCCUCAACUACGACUGCAGCAACUACAAUGGCCAAGAUCCAGCUUCGAUUUGAUCCCCAUGAUGAAUCAUCCCAGCCACCGCGUCUUGGAGGCUUGAGCACAAAGAUCAAGGCAUCCAGCUUCUUUUCAGUCCGUCCAGUUCCCUCGAUCCCAACUCACAACAAUCCCACCUCGCAAAUAGAGCCGCACAAGGGCGUCUACCAUACCUCAGUCCCACUCUCAUCCCGAUGUGUCGAGUCGGUAUCAUGGACACAGCACCUGCCAGGCCUCGCAUGUACCAGACGGGACUCGGCAUCUUCAUCAGGAUCAAGCUCUUCAGACGACUCCAACCGGCGAGCUUCUGAUUUGAAGCCAGAUGUAUUGCACUACACGGCAACGAUCGUAGUACCCAUCACUCUCCCAUCUACAAAGGCCUGGAUCCCAACUUUCCACAAUUGCCUCGCCUCUCGAAUCUACAUCCUCGAUCUCUCCCUCUCUAUCCACACUCCCGGAGCAGGCGUUCCAGCAUAUAAUAUCGGUCUCCACCUCCCAGUUCAGAUUGCCGCAGCAAGUAACUUCAUGGCACCACCCGCUUUAACUGCUGCUGAGGAAGCUGCAGAACUUGCUGCUUCGGCUGACGAGCAUCUCCGACCAAGAGUCAUGGAGGUCCCGAGCGAGAAUCUCAUUGAGAACAGCGUUUUGCCCGGACACCAACACACUGUGCUGCCUCCGAGCUACGAAGUUUUCGCUGCACGGCCUGCGCGACAGAUUGUUGCUCCUGGACGGUGUUAG